AUGUCCUUGAUUAGGAGUUCGGAAAAAUUGGUUACCCACUCAACAAAAAUCAAGAACAGCCCAAGUUCUCGUGCGAUGUUGACUAUUGCUAACGCGAAUGUUACGUCACCGGGUACCUUUUCCGAGCCUAAUCAAGGACGAAAGUUUCAACGUAUCUGUGCGUAUUGCAAACAGGAUCAUGCCAUUUAUCGAUGUCAAACUUUCUCGAAACUUACGGUAUUCAAACGACGUGAAUUUGUAUCGUCAAAUAAACUUUGCUUCUCAUGCAUGAGUCCCUCGCACUCGGUGUCAGCCUGCACGUCAAAGUAUAACUGCAAGACUUGUGGUGAACGUCACAAGACCCUUCUGCAUUUAAAAUCUGAAAACAAGCAUUCUCAGCCUGGUCCGUCGUCGAAUCAUGUGAUCAGAACGGAUCAGUCCGAUUCCAUCGAACCAAAAACUCAAUUUGCCGGCACGUCUUUCACUAAUAAUACUGUCGUACUCGGGACGGCCUGUGUCCGUAUUCAGGAUCGCUGCGGUAACUAUCAUUCAGUGAGAGUAUUAUUAGACAGUGGAUCACAGAUAUCUGCCAUAACUUCUAAGUGUGCCAACCGUAUCGGCUUGGUUCGUCAAAAAUGUUGCACGGAGAUAUCAGGCCUAGGCCAGAAUCAUGUCAUACCGGUCAAGGGUCGAACUGAAUGCUUGUUCAUUCCAGGUCAAUCCAUGGAACCAGUUAUCAGUUGCAAGGAAGUGUUGGUCCUUCCACGAAUUACAUCAUUCAUGCCAGCCAGACCUUUACCAUUAAGUAUACGUGCGCAGUAUCAAAACCUCCAACUCGCGGAUCAGGAAUUUGAUAGACCUGCCCGGAUCGACUUACUGCUUGGUUGUGAUGUUUUUCCUUAUUUAAUUCGCCCUUGUUCGAAAAUCAUACAUUCAGAUGGCUUACCGUCAGCGUUAGAUACAUAUCUUGGUUGGGUUUUACUUGGUACAGUGGUCAAUUCUCCAUCAAACGAUAAUUUGGCUUCAUCCAAUUCUUUAUCGAUCACGUUAAAUCCAUUUCUGGAUACAUUGCUGCACCAAUUUUGGUCCGUCGAAGAGCCUGCAACGCCAUCUAUCCCUACCACAGAGGACGAACUUUGUGAAAAAUGGUUUAAGCAGACUGUAUCGCGGAACGCUUCGGGUAGGUUUUGCGUUGCAUUACCCUUCCGAGACGUCAUCUUUGCCGAGACAGGUUCACAACCUGUCACUACCGUCUCCGACUUGUCGUCCUCCCAUGGGCUCGGUUCCUCACGAUCGAUGGCCCUCAAACGGUUAUUUAAUUUGGAACAACGACUGAGUAAAGACCAAGCUCUAUACGAUGCUUACCGGUCAUUCAUGGACGAAUACUUGUCAUUGGGCCAUAUGAAGAUUGCGACACGACCAGGAAAGUAUUUCAUACCUCAUCAUGCGGUAGUGAAACGUGAUGGUGAUGUAUCGAAGUUACGAGUGGUCUUCGACGCGUCGGCCAAAUCAUCCUCCGGUACUUCUCUUAACGAUUCCUUGUGCAUUGGACCAAAAUUGCAAACGGAGAUAGGUGAAUUACUACUGACUUGCCGCUUAUACAAAUUCAUCUUCAUUGCCGACAUAGUCAAGAUGUAUCGACAGAUGUCUGUUUGGGAUGAAGAUUGUAUUUAUCAACACAUUUUGUGGCGUCGGUCGCCCGAUCAUGAGGUACAAGAGUUCGAACUACUGACAGUUACCUACGGACUCAAUUCAGCACCAUUUCUUGCGAUACGUGUGUUGCAUGCCUUGGAUGCUGUCUCCGAACCGCAAUUUCCCGCUGCAAAGGGAAUUCUUAAACACCACACAUAUGUGGACGACAUACUUGUUGGCAGCAAUACAGAGGAAGAGUUAUUCAGCAUGAAGGAAGAUAUCGUUGGUCUUCUUAAGUCCGCAGGUUGCGUGAUCAAGAAGUGGAGUAGAAACAGUGAAAAAAUAAUAGACAGCGUGCCUCUUGAGGACCGAACUAACUGCCUCUCAUUCGACCCAAAGGAUGAACCUUCGCUGAAAAUUCUAGGUCUCCAUUGGGACCCGCACACAGACACAUUCGGUUAA